CAUGACAGUAAUGGGCCGGGCUAUUUGCCGACGGAAACUCGUUUCGGACACGUGACAAUCCGAGAUUCAUCGAUCCUACGUGGCUCAGCCGUGUAUUUCGGAUACGACAUAUUAGCAACCCUCUUUUUCACCCAGAAUCUUUCUCUUUCAGAAUCCAGAAAAUACUUCUUCUUCUCAAUACAUCCACAGGAGAAAAUCAAACGAAGAUUAAAAUAUUUAAACUCGAAGGCAUCUGCUUUUCAAAAACAAAUUUGGAUUUGGGAAUUUUGUUGGAGUAAAAAAAACCUUCGUGCUUGGUGCGUCGAUUCUGGUUUCCUCUCCUUUCGCUUUUCGUGUUGCUUGCUCUCGAUUUCUAGGGUUUUCAUCUGAUCAUCUCUUCUUCUCUCUCGCCUCUGGAGGGUACUUUUCUCUUGGACUGGGCAGAAGAGCUUUUCUUCUAUAGCUGAAGUGUGAUUGUAGUCUGCGACGUAACUUGUUCAGAGGUUCGAUGGAUGAUGGGGGAUAUGGACUUUGAGGAAGUAUAUUUGAUUUCCUGAGUCUGGGACCUGACCAAGCCAAAAAUCUUUUGGGGGCUUUUCAUUGGCUCGGACUUCAGGGAUUUGUCACACGUGUCGAGUUGCAAACGUUAAUAAAUGGAGGACGAUGGAGAGCUGGGGAUGUUCUUUCCUAAUUGGAACAGCAAGAACCCAGUUGAAAUGGUUGAGUCUCGCGGGUUAAUGUUAUCUUGCUUUAUCGCUGCCCUUGUUGGUAUUUUAACCAUAGCCUACACUACUUUUCAAUGGCGAAGAAAUAUCAACUUAAGUUGGACCAAAGCCAUCGCCAGGUCGAAGAAAAAUCCAAAGGCUCGGCAUAAGGUUCCUGUUUCCCCACAUAGCUGGGAGCUCGACUCUACAUCUCGUGCGAAGAACUUGAACUGCUGCGUAUGCUUGAAGUCGAUGUCACCAUCUCAGACAAUUGUGGCUUCAGAAAGUUUCAUUCAUAGGUGCACGAUAUGCGGGGCUGCAGCCCAUUUUGGCUGUUCUUCAAGUGCGCCUAAAGACUGCAAGUGUGUCUCCAUGACCGGAUAUGAGCAUGUGGUGCACCAGUGGGCAGUGCGGUGGACAGAAGGUGCUGAUCAGCCUGAUGAUUCCUCGUUUUGUAGCUACUGUGACGAGUCAUGUAGUAGCUCCUUUCUUGGGGGUUCUCCUAUAUGGUGCUGCUUGUGGUGCCAACGUCUUGUGCAUGUUGACUGUCACAGUAAUAUGUCAAAUGAAACAGGUGACAUUUGUGAUCUAGGCCCGCUUAGAAGGUUAAUUCUGUGCCCUCUCUACGUUAAGGAAUUGACACGGAAUCCCUCUGGAGGAUUUUUGAGCACAAUCACGCAUGGUGCGAACGAACUUGCAUCUACCGUCCGUGCCAGCAUCAGGAGUCAAAGCAAAAAAUACAAGCAAGCUAAUGAAACUUCAGUUGACUCAGGUAAUAGUGGUAGCAUUUGCGAUGAAUCGACGGAAAGCACAGCUGAUACAGGUCCAGCUGCUAAUGGCACCCAUGCCAUGGUGGAAAAUUCUAGCAGCCUUAUGAAUGGGGGUUCCUCUCACGGCGACAGCGACAGCAAUGGCAAGCUGGAGAAGAAGACUAGUGUUAAAAGAAGUGGGUCUUUUGGUCAGAAGGAUGAAUAUCAGGCACUAAGGUCGAAACUUAAGUACGAGCUAGCUGAUUUGCCUUCAGAUGCAAGACCAUUGUUGGUUUUCAUUAACAAAAAGAGUGGUGCUCAACAAGGUGAUUCCCUUCGUCAGCGCCUUAAUCUUCUUCUAAAUCCAGUGCAGGUGUGUGAAUUGAGUUCAGUGCAGGGGCCAGAAGUGGGACUCUUCCUCUUCAGGAAGGUUCCCCACUUUAGGGUUCUUGUUUGUGGUGGAGAUGGCACUGCUGGUUGGGUACUGAAUGCCAUCGACAAACAGAAUUUUGUCUCUCCUCCUGCGGUCGCUAUCCUGCCUGCUGGAACCGGGAAUGAUCUAGCCCGAGUAUUGAAUUGGGGUGGUGGUUUGGGUUCUGUGGAGAGACAAGGAGGUUUAUGUACAGUAUUACAGAACAUAGAGCAUGCUGCAGUCACUGUCCUUGAUCGUUGGAAAGUAUCGAUUCUGAACCAACAAGGAAAGCAACUUCUGCCGCCGAAAUAUAUGAACAAUUAUAUAGGGGUUGGGUGUGAUGCGAAGGUCGCCCUUGAUAUUCACAAUCUACGGGAGGAGAAUCCAGAGAGAUUUUACAGCCAGUUUAUGAACAAAGUCCUCUAUGCUAGAGAAGGUGCAAGGAGUAUAAUGGACAGAACAUUCGAAGAUUUCCCGUGGCAAGUUCGAGUUGAGGUGGAUGGUGUUGACAUCGAGGUUCCUGAGGAUGCGGAAGGAGUACUUGUUGCAAACAUUGGAAGUUACAUGGGAGGUGUGGAUUUAUGGCAGAAUGAAGAUGAUACAUAUGAAAACUUUGAUCCACAGUCUAUGCACGAUAAGAUAGUAGAAGUCGUGAGUAUUUCUGGAACAUGGCAUCUUGGGAAACUCCAGGUUGGGUUAUCUCGAGCCAGAAGGUUAGCUCAGGGGCAAUCAGUCAAGAUACAACUUUGUGCACCGUUGCCUGUGCAAAUAGAUGGAGAACCUUGGUUUCAACAGCCAUGUACCCUAACCAUAUCGCACCAUGGCCAGGCUUUCAUGUUAAAGAGAGCCGCGGAGGAGCCACUGGGUCACGCAGCCGCUAUAAUCACAGAUGUUCUAGAGAAUGCAGAAACAAAUCAAGUGAUAAACGCUUCACAGAAACGAGCUCUGCUUCAAGAAAUGGCUCUACGGCUAACUUGAAGAAGGGAAAAAAAAGACAAAAGACAAAAACCUUCCCUCUUCAACAAUCACUCAUCACUGGUUAGUUAAUGACUUAUCAGAAUGUUUACAAAUAUAUGUGUGUUUACAUACCUCGUACCUCUGUCUAACGAAGGGAAUGUUAGAUAAGUCUUCGAAAUCCGCUGAAUGCAAAAAAGCGGGUUCUGUGUGGAAGUAGGAAAAAAAGAAAAAUGGAACCAAAAAAUGGAUUCUGGUUCCUAGAUUUUGGGCUGUUCUCGUGAGUCAGAACAUGAGUGGAGCUGAUUACAAAGCUUGUUAAAUUAUCAAUCUUUUUCUUAUAUUUUUACAAUGGGGUUCUUUUUAUAUACCAACAUAAUUAUUAGAACAAUCUUGUAUGUAUAUUAUAUUUAGAGGAAAAGCCUGUUCUUAUAUAUCUUGUGACCAAUUUCUUGAAACAAGAUCAUUUGGUUCUUUUUCUUUGCUGCGUUUUUUUUCUUAUAAUGUUUCCACUCCUAUAUAACCUCUUAAUUUAUGGGCUGAGUUUUUGAUAUUGAGG